AUGCGAAACAAGGACGAGAAGGGAGACGCCGCGGACCCGCCACCCCUAAGAAAAAAAAGACAGAUAUGGACGGCGGAGGAGCAGUCAGCCUACUGGCAAGCAAAAAAGGUGGAAAGGAAACGGCGAAGCAAAGAAGCAGCAGCACAACGACGUGAGUUGCAACAGAAGGAGUGGGAGGAGCUUGACGACAAGGAGCGGGAGCGGCGGCGUACGGAGGCGAUUGCAGUUCACGAGCGACGACGUGCUUUGGAGGCCAAGGAGCACGCUAUGUGUGUGCAGCAUCUUGCUGACACCUCCCUCCCGGUCUUGGUGUUUGACCUUAGUUUUGCAUGGUGCAUGUCAGCUGCCGACUGCCGCAGUACGGUGUCGCAGAUAAAGUUUAGCUACAGUGCGUUGCGGCGCCAUGCCUUCCCGAUGCGUCCUGUCAUCACUUCUAUUAAUGGUAAAGAGACCAUUGAGACGAGUGCACAUAGCGAAUUGUUGCGCUCUCUGUGUGCUUUUGAGGGGUUUCGCCGCUAUCCUUUCCCGAUUCACGAGGAACACUGGUCCACCAUAUACAAGAAGGAGCAAGUUAUUUUCAUGACUGCCGACACCGAAAAUGUUUUGGAACGUCUUGAUCCCGAUACAGUGUAUGUUGUUGGCGCGUUUGUGGAUCAUAAUGCACGAAAAUUUCUUACCAGAGAUGCGGCGAGGCGUCAUGGUGUGCGUAUGGCCCGCCUUCCACUCGAGGAAUCUAUGGAGGUGGGUAACCGCUGCAAAGUCUUGACGGUGAACCAUGUGGUGGAGGUGCUAUGUCGGUAUGCCGACCGUGGCGAGUGGCGUAGUGCAUUUGAUGUGCUGCCGACACGGCGGGUCAAUGCGGCACGACAGAAACGCUCUCGUGCUUUGAAUGGGGUGAAUAUUGUGUCUUCGGAUAAUGACGGCGCAGUAUUGCAUGAGACCGAUGAGAGACGCCAUGAUGAUGUGAUGCCUCAGGCGUGA